CCAACAGCAAGCAGACUUCCUCUGAACAUAAACUCUUCCAAAUCUAUCUAGUAUGAGAGUUAUGCAGAUGAUUUCCUAGGCUUCAUGUUCUAUGGCGUCCUUUUCUUGUUCAGAGGAUAGGAAAGAGCUUUGUGUUUGGCCGAGCUUGAGGCAAUUUUGCCUUAGAAAGGGUAUUGUCUAUGGAUUUAUGCGCUUAUUAUCAAGACCCUUGAAGACCUUGCGUGGAGCUAGUCGGUCUCUUAGAAUUGCAGAAUUUUGCAGUGUUUCCAAUGUGUCUUCGUCAUUGCAAAUUGAACUGGUACCGUGUCUUAGGGAUAACUAUGCGUACCUUUUACAUGAUGUGGACACGGGCACUGUUGGAGUUGUUGAUCCUUCUGAAGCCUUGCCAGUUAUAGAUGCUCUGAGUAGGAAAAAUCGGAAUUUGACUUACAUACUUAAUACUCAUCACCAUCACGACCAUACUGGUGGGAAUAUGGAUUUAAAAGCAAGGUAUGGUGCUAAGGUGAUUGGUUCAGCAUUAGACAGGGACAGGAUUCCAGGGAUCGAUAUAGUUCUAAAUGAUGGGGACAAGUGGAUGUUUGCAGGUCAUGCGGUGCAUGUCAUUGAAACUCCUGGCCAUACCCGAGGGCACAUUAGCUUCUACUUUCCUAGUUCUGGAGCUAUUUUCACUGGAGACACUUUAUUCAGCUUAUCAUGUGGCAAGCUUUUUGAAGGAACCCCUGAACAGAUGAUUUCUUCCCUAAAAAAGAUUGUGUCUUUGCCAGAUGAUACAAAUAUAUAUUGUGGUCACGAGUACACAUUGGGUAACUUGAAGUUUGCAUUAUCCAUAGAACCCAAGAAUGAGGCACUCCAGUCAUAUGCAGCCCAUGUAGCCCACGUUCAUGGCAAGGGCUUACCUAUGAUUCCAACUACACUAAAGAUAGAGAAGUCAUGUAAUCCAUUCCUUCGCACUUCUAGUGCAGAGAUCAGACAGACAUUAGAUAUUCCAGUCACAGCAGAUGAUGCGGAAGCGUUGGGCAUCAUCCGCCAUGCAAAGGAUAAUUUCUGAGAUCAGUUACAACUAAAGCCCUGUUUGUGGUUUAUAAGAGAGGUGAGCCCUUCCAUCUGUGGAAUAAGUACCACCAAUCUUUAUUCAAAAAAAAGUACCACCAAUCAUGUCACCACAUAUAUAUAUUUUUAAAAGCGCAAGGUUCUUUUGAAAUCUUCGUACAUCUUAAAAGCAAUCAAGAGAAAUAUUCUCUUGGCUCUACAUUGACCUGUAGAAUCUUUUUGUAUAAUUUGGAGAAAUUCGAAAUUCAAUAUGAGAUGUAUCUGGUGUUUUGCAAUCCAAAUUUGAAAACUACUAGCCAUUGGAUAGAGGUACCCUUCUUAAUAUCAACAACUCUCACAAUCUAGACUGUAAAACACCUUCUUUGAUUGAUUAUACAGCCUUUUGUUUAUGUUCCAUUCCAUGUAACCAUGUUGCAUGUGGCGUUACCCCUUCUUAUUUGCCAUGG